CGUAGCCAAAUGCAAGAAUUCGGACGUUGACGGCUGUGGAGGCGAGUGCCGAUGUAAACAUUGAAGAUGGCAGCGAGCAGCACAGACACCUCGCUCGAAAGAAAUGAUUUCACCCCCAGUAUCAGCGGUGCUAGGCCAACUACAAGCGGCAUAAAUUUUCAGCUCAGCACCAUGCCCCCCAGACCAGAGGUGACAUAUAAUUGGAUCAAUAUAACAUCUGAAUUCUUCCAUGCUACAAAGGAUUUGCAGUUGGGUGAGCUGUUGCAUGAUGAUAUUUUUGGACUCUUUGAAGCCAUGUCUGCCAUAGAGAUGAUGGAUCCUAAGAUGGAUGCAGGAAUGAUGUGUAACAGAGGCAAGAAGGUGUUAAAUUUUGACCAAGCUGUUAAGGCUGGAGCUCUAAAACUGAAUAAUCUGACGAUGGAAGAAUUGGUUGGUAUAAUGGACUCCAUGCUGGCCUGCUUGGUGACCUGGCUAGAGGGCCACUCUGCUGCACAAACCAUCCUCACCUGCCUCUACCUUCACAAGCCUCUGAGCAUUGAAGAUCGAGCACUCAGAGCAUUUUCCAUACAAACUUUGAAGCUCAUUGCAAUUAUAAAUAACAUUGUUCAUAGUGCUGGUGUGUUUGAGGAGGAAGACUUCCAACCUGCACUCUAUGGUUAUGGGGUGUGUUCUGAAGUCUCUGAAGUGCGGGCAGGAGGAAUGAUGAGGGAAGUAGAAGAGGAACUGCAGCGGGCAGUAAAAGCUACCAGGAAUCGGCAAGGUGAACCAUGGGACCCUAAGAUGCAGAAGCAGCAUGAAGAUGCAGUCGCUCUCUUCUCAAGAAUUCGUUUCAUGCGCCUUUUUUAUGCUGCAUUGGCAGCCAUCAUGAGAAGAGAACAGGUGUCUAUUCCAGAGGCAGAGAGGUGUCUUGUUUCUUGCAAUGAGUUGGUGUGCAUCAUGCAGAACACUAUAGGUCGGGGGUUAAGACCCAAGCAACCUAAGGAUGAAGAAGGAAACAAAGUGGACUAUCCAGUGAUUAUGGGCUUUGAACCUCUAGUCAACCAGCGACUCCUACCUCCAACAUUCCCACGUUACACCAGACUUCGAACUCGUAAGGAAGCGAUGAAUUACCUCGAGGAGAUGGUGGGACGCCUGCGCCACAUCACAAAAAUCACACACUGCACAACCUUUCACACUGCAUUGGAAUUCAUCGAGCAUUUCUCCGAAAGUCGACCUUGUGUCUUGUCAAGAUCGUUAGCACAAGUCCUGUAUCUCGGUGGUGACAAACUGUGGGGUGGCCAAGGAAUGGCAGAAGCACUACGGGAAGCUGCAAGGAGCUUCAUCUGUCCCCCAGCUCUUUUACCAAAGGCUCCAGUUAUGAGUAAUGUUCAGGCAAAAGAUUAUGUAGAUUCCUUCUUCAAUCGCUGUGUACGACCAUUUGAGCAGCUGAUCCAGACGUGUGGACACAACCGAGCACGUCAACGAGACAAGGUGGCCCAUCUGUUGGAAGAAUUUGCUAUGUUGCAAGAUGAAGCAGAUAAAGUGGAUGCCUACCUGCACAAUGUAUUGCUGAAGAGUGACCAGCCAAGGCCACAUCUGGCAUACCUAGGAACCUGGGUUCUUUAUCACACACUGAGGCUCAUGAUCAAGUACCUGCUUACAGGGUUUACAUUGGAGCUGUAUGCAGUACAUGAGUACCAUUAUGUCUAUUGGUAUCUUUAUGAAUUUGUAUACGUGUGGCUGGUGAGUGCACUUUCCAGGGCAGAUGCAAUGCUUCUAGAACAAGAUGGCUAUGACACUAACAAGGGGGGCAAAAGUGGACGAUCAUCAAAAAACAAAAACAGAAACAAAAAGAAACAUCGUCCAUAUGGAAAGGAGAUAACUUACAAUCAGGCUCUUCAACAUUUAUGUGGAGGAUAUUACAAGGCGAUGUUAGGUUUGAGAGAGGCUGGGAAAGUAAAGCUGCCUCUUCAAGAAUUUGACAGUGAACAAGUUCGUUAUGAACAUCGCUUCCUGCCAUUCAGUGUAGUGAUGACUCCUCCUCCUGUGCACUAUGAUCAGUUCCUCUCCAUGACUGACCUGUCCAACUUCCCUCAACCGGUGUCACCAGCUACACUCUACCAUGAUGCGAGAAAUCACUUCUUCAAAGCUCGCUCUCUCCUGGAAACUAUACAUGCUCACAAUACUGAGGUUCAGCAGCUGUUAAAAGUUGUUAAAACCAACUUUGUUGUUAUGAAACUCCUGGAGGGUGGACACAAGGCUGAUGACCCCACUCGACCCCAGUUUGACUUCACGACCCAUCCAUGCUUUCCAAUUAUCAAGAUUUAGCAGAAGGUUGUGAGGAAGAGACCCCCGAAGGAUCUCCUCCCAAUACACGAGCUUGAAGAAGUUAGAUAAACUGGGGGGUGUGGGAUGUGAAAAUGGGAGAUAUGUAAGGCUGCGAGCAUCCUGCGGCAUCGAGCGACCAGGACGUGGAUGCGCGACCUACUUUCCAAAACAACCUGUGUCCCACAUGCCAGCGUCUUACCAACGUAAACUUGGCGUCUAUGCAGCGCAGACGUUUUCUGGUACUUUUAGAAAAUAUAGUAAUGCUUUUCAACAAGUGGUAACUGCAGAAGUACCCAGGAAAAAACAUCCCAUAUAUAGUACUGUAUCAAAGGACAAUGGAAGUAGGCAAAUUUCACCAUCUCUACAAGGAACUUAGCCAAGAUCCAAAGAAGUUUCACGAGCACACUAGAAUGUAUCCUACUACAUUUGACAAUAUACCUUAGACAGUAAAGUUA